GCAGUGUUGUCAUGUCGCUGUAGCGCGGGAGUUCAUUCAUAACAUGCGAGCAGGAAAUACAAAACCAAGAGUUGACAACACUGGUGAACAUUGGUGCCAGUGGUCUGUCCCACACUGUUGAUAUGGAGGGCGAGUUCUCGCAGUCUCUCACCCCUCCCGUGUCCCCCUCUGUUUUGGAUCAUUACUGUGAUUCUGCCCUCAGUCGACCCUCAUGCUUCACCUGUGCAUAUGAACCGGGCAGAGAAGAGUCUGGAAGAUUCUCCUCACAUGGCUAUAUAAGCAGAGGGGCUCUUAAAAGGCUUCUGUUAAAGCUCGAUCCAGCUCCCGCAGAUUUCGAGGGGGACACGGUUGAUAUUUUCGACUUUCCAUGGGUGACGGAAACAGCGCUGGUUGAAUCUACCAAACUUCUGUUUGGCUUGUUGAGACAAAAGGUGUUAAAAUUGGAGACGCUGGUGCAGUCCAGCUCGCACGAUUUUGGUCAAGCGAGCAGUCUGCACUAUGAAGCAGAGGAACUCAGACAGCAGUGUGUGCUGUUUCUCAACUAUGUCAAAGUAUUCAUUCACAGGUAUUUGGAGCCUUCACAUUCUACAGAUGACGGUCUUGUUCACCCUUAUAAAGACCUGGAGGAUCAACUUCCCUCUGUCCUUGUGGAGGAGCUAUUCAGUAUCACUCUACUUAUUGGACGUUUAAAAAAUUUGCCAGCCAAUGUCCAGAGUGCUUUUACGAUUCAGCAUCAGGGAAAGCUCUUUCCUCCAUCUUGGCAUUUAUUGCAUCUGCACCUGGACAUCCACUGGUCUGUUCUAGAGAUCCUGCAUCUGUUGGAACAAAGGAUGGCGGGUCAGAUAGUUUAUGCGCACCAAUUUGUGAAUUUGACUGGAGAGACGCUCACAAACAUCAGCCUGCUUGAGGAUCAAGUCAACAACCUGCUCUGUGAUCUCAUGGGUCUGGCCAUGAACAAAUACAAUAAGGUGAGACCAACAGAGAUUCUGAGUACCCAUCACUAUCACUGCCUCUGCACUAAGGAACUAUGGAUUCUUCUCAUUCAUUUACUGGAGCACCGGAGCAAAACCAUACAUACUCAGUCUUUUUGGAGUUAUAUAAAUGCCCUGCUCCAGACUGUUCUGAAGGGGGUGCCUUCAGGAGACCGUGACCCCGGGCUCCCCUUGCACUGUAAAGACCCUGAGGGGUUCACUUGGUGGUUGCUUACACACCUGGCCCAGCUUGGGAUGCACAACCGAAACGGUGUCAUUCAGCAGGAGAAGCAACUUGAGGAUAAUUGGGCUUUUGCGAUGGAGCUGCUGAAGUCUAGCUGUGAUCCAAAGAGAGCCACCCAAGAAGAGCAAGUUCGAAUGAUUGUCCAUUGCUGCUUAAGUCUCAGCUUAAUAUGGGGGCCAAACGUCAGUGCUGUGACAACACUCUGGGAAUACUAUAACAAAAAUUUGAAUGGCUCUUUCACUGUGCCUUGGUUAGGUGUGUCAGGACUGGGUAGCAUCAGCAGGUCUCCAUUGUGUCUGUUGCAGCAGGCAAAGAGCUGUUGUAGCCCUGCGUCUGUCAGCUCCAGCGUUCACACGCAGCUCUACCGCUCGACCAACUCUUUUCACAUCUUCCUACGUAUCUUGGCCCUUCACCUAAAUCAGGAACAUGCUGGCGGCGCCCCCUGGAGACAAAUCAAGGGCAGACUCUACUCAAAGUUCCACCAGAGGCGAAUGACAGAGCUUUCAGACACAGGCCUGCUGCACUUCCUGCUGCUCUUCCUGGUCCUGGCGCAGUGUGCUGAGCUCGAGGACGUGGCCAGCCGAGCGUGUGACUUGCUUGCCAUGCUGCCGGCUGACUCCAUGCCCCCAGCCCUGCGCUCGCUGCAGUGGAGGGGCCAGCUGGCUCUUGUGCUACUCUAUUUGGAGAAAGGAUUAGACGUUGGCGCGUUGGCGGAGCAGUUGGCCGCCUACUUUAGCCAAACGGCCCGCGAGUUCUACCUGAAGACCACAGAGCCUUCUCGCAAGCUAGCUCUCUGGGUACCACUUAGCUCAUACCUGGAAGGAGUGAGUGAGGUGUUUGAAACGAGCCCUAAUCUUAUGCUUUCAGAGGAGAGGCUUCUGAACGAUGGCUUUGGACUGUUGCUGCCUGCCUGCCGCCAGUCUGAGCUCAGCUCCGCUUUGGGCUUCCUACAGACCGUGUUGGCGCAGUUACGGAGAGUUCAGCAGCGCUGCAGCCAGCCACCUCACGCCACAGACUCUCCCGGUCGGGCUCCGAUCCCCAGCGUAGCUAAAGAGCGCCACCAAGCGGUGGCAGCGACACUCUGGUCCCACUUCUUUCCCUUCCUGUGCAGUAUGAGGCUCUCGCAGACCCCCCCGCCUCAGCUCGCGGACGCCGCAGCAGGCUUCACACUGCUGGCAUUAGACAUGCCUGGCUCCGCCCCUCAGAAGCUCCAGCCCCACCCCAUCCAGUCCAUCAUGCAGUGCUUUGGCUGGGAUGAGAUGGUCCACCCCUUGCUGGUAACCCACUAUCUAAAUCACCUGCUACAAAACGGAGAGCUGGUCACUUGGGUCAGCUCUGGACCAGGCUCAGGUUCAGCCCAGGCUUUGUGUGUGCGUGCCUGGAUCCGCUGUGUUUUACAGCAAUACCUUCAUAAAAGCCAAGAUGCCCCAGACACAAGAGCAGGCAGAAAUCUGGAUGAACAGCUGGCUGAGUUAACCAGACAGGUCCUCCGGCUUCCAGAAGUAGAGUCUGUGCUCCAGAAAGCAAGCUUGCAUUCUGCUGCUGUCAAAGAACCAAAACCUGCAAUGGCUUUGUUCAUCAAGGCUGUGGGCCGAUCAUACUGUGAGCUCCAGAAUCUCGCAGAGCGCUCUACAAUGGUGUCUCGAGCCCUGGAAUAUGUCGGCGACAUCCUUAAAUACAUCAAGCCAUACCUUUUGAACAAAAGCCGAGAGGGUCUACAGCUUUCCUAUUGGAUUGUUGGCUGCUUGGUCAAGCACUGGAGCCACCUGUUGGCCACCACCAAAGCUCAACAGCUGCUCUUCCGCAUUGUAGAUGUGCUGCUGCUACCCCACGCUCUCCUCCAGCAGGACAGUGGUGCACACGCUCAAAUGCUGUCGGCCAUAAAAGACAGUCUGCCCCUCUUCCUACAGGGUUUAUCUGUAGCAAUGGGUGCGUCCCAGUCUCAGGGGGCGUACCUGAAGCAGCAGCUGCACAGUGUUAUCAACCAAUAUCUGAGCCGCUUCCUCCCAGCUACGCCUUCUACUGGGGCGGUGGUCAAUCAUCCUGUCCUGCUGGCAGCCUGCGAAACGACAACCACCCCUCAGGGGGAAAAACUUAGGAGAAGCAUUCUGCAGGUGUUGAGAGAUAACUUCCUCCAGUUUAAAGGCCACGCCCCUCCUCCUCGACUGGCAGCUGUUCUGUCUUUCCUAUUGGAGCUGUUGAAAAGAAACAAUGAUACAGACGCCACCCUUCUCACAAUACCCCUCCCUUUGGUGCUGCGCUGUCUGAUGCUGGUCAACGAACCUCAGGUAAAGAGACUGAGCACAGAGAUUACACAGCUCGUCAUAGAGAGAUGCACUGCUGCGGCUGGAGAACAGCCGUGCGAGCAUACAACUACUGUACUACGGGCCUUUGUGGAAGAGAAUGAAGGUGUAUACGACCAGCAAGUGUAUAAUGUUCUGGAGGUUGUAGCCGUCCUUCACCCCGCCACAGUGACGGCUCUUAUUCCCUUUCUGUCACUGAGCCUUAGAAAGACAGAGAGCAAGAGAGGCCUGGGAAAGAACUCCUCACUCAGGAAUGGCUAUAAGAAGCUGCUGGCCCUGCUUGGAGAUGGUGGUCAGGCUGAGAUGAUCAGUUUAGAAGAAGACUGACUUCACGUCAAGUCCAACUUCAGUUUCUUCAUUAAUUCUCAGACCUCUGUAAAUAAUGUACAGUUGCUAGUGUAGCCGUGUGUGUUU